UUUUUUUUUUUUAUGUUUAUUGUUUUGCUUGUUUGGAUUACGUAGAAGUGAGAUCUGCUGAUCGGUGUGUUCAAUCUCCGCAGGAAUUUGGGUCUCCUUUGUGAUUUAAACCUGUUGAUUUUGUUCUUCAGCUCUUGAAUAUUUGUCCACUUUGUUUCGUUGUUUAGCUUAUUGUUCUCGAUUCUAGUUGUUUUAGCUUGAAUUUCUUUUGGGGUCGUUUUGGCUAUUUUCUGGACUUUUUUUUUAGUUUUUACAUUUACGGUUUUACAAUGACCUAAGAGUUAAUUAUGGCCAACGUAACAAUUCUACAAGGAAACAUCUCCGUUGCGAUUUAUUUAUUUAUUUUUAGUUUGAGAUCUGAAUCCCUUAAUCUUAAAUGCUAUACCAAUGAAAGCGCUUAAGUAGAAAGACCUGCACUUUGAAAUUGGCCUGUGAUUUACUUUCAUGAGCUUUCGUUUUGGUUGACUAGUACAUGUUUUGUAUGAUCAAGCUUGUCUAGCCACCGAAUUUUUUGUUUGUAAAUAAAUUUGGAACGUUGUUGUAAAAUUUGAAGUUUUCCUUUGAAACUUGUUGACCUUUAGGAUUUAUUUUUCUUCACUUGUCAUUUUGACCUGGUUAUUUUCCAUCUGCACCUACUGUUUUAUAUGUUUAAGUUAAAUCUUAUCUCGAUUAAAUAAUUUAAAAUUUUCUUGGUUCUUCUUUGUCCUUCUAUUUAUUUAUUGAUACUAGUCAUUGGUACUUUGCUGAUGGUAAAUUUUGUACUACAGAUAGGACUGUUGAGCAUCAAGAUCAAGCACUUCUGGUUUUUUCUUUUGAAUGAAGAUUGAGAACUUCAAGUGCUGAUUAAAAACAAAGUAUAGAUUGCAAUGUCUUCACCUGGCAAGAUUGAUAAUAAGUCAACUCUUGAUGCUGCCUCAUGGAUGUUCAAUGUCGUCACGUCUGUUGGGAUAAUCAUUGUCAAUAAAGCAUUGAUGGCCACAUAUGGAUUCAGCUUUGCUACAACUUUAACUGGUCUACAUUUUGCCACAACCUCCUUGCUGACUUUUAUUCUCAAGCGACUUGGGUAUAUUCAAGAUUCUCGCCUACCAUUCCUUGACAUUCUUAAAUUUGUUAUAUUUGCAAACUUCUCCAUUGUGGGAAUGAACGUGAGCUUGAUGUGGAAUUCUGUUGGGUUCUAUCAGAUUGCGAAGCUGAGUAUGAUCCCAGUAUCUUGUUUCCUAGAAGUUGUUUUCGAUAAGGUGCAAUACUCGAGGGACACAAAACUUGCCAUACUGUUAGUUCUACUUGGUGUUGGAGUUUGUACUAUCACUGAUGUUAGUGUCAACAUAAAAGGUUUUGUGGCUGCCAUAGUGGCAGUAUGGAGCACUGCGUUGCAGCAGUAUUAUGUACAUCAUCUCCAGCGAAAAUAUUCUCUUGGAUCCUUCAACUUAUUAGGCCAUACCGCUCCAGUGCAGGCUGCUUCUUUGCUGUUAGUUGGGCCAUUUUCAGACUACUGGUUGACUGGAAAGAGAGUUGAUACCUACGGAUACACUUUUGUGUCCUCGACGUUCUUGAUCCUCUCAUGUUCCAUUGCGGUAGGGACCAAUCUCAGCCAGUUCAUAUGCAUUGGUAGGUUCACUGCUGUGACAUUCCAAGUGCUCGGCCAUAUGAAGACCAUUUUAGUCUUGACGCUAGGAUUCAUUUUCUUCGGGAAGGAGGGCCUCAACGUACAAGUAGUUAUUGGUAUGAUCAUUGCAAUUCUAGGAAUGAUCUGGUAUGGCAAUGCCUCGUCUAAGCCAGGAGGGAAGGAGCGCCGUAGUUUUUCCUCAACGAGCAGCAAGGCAUUAAAGCACGCUGGAUCAGAAUCUUCCGACCCUGAUGAAAAGGUCUAGAGUUGAGUAGAAUUUAUAGUUUUUAUUUAUCCCCGCAAUAAUGUCCAAGGAAGAAAAAAUAAAAGGAAAUGAUAUAGAGAAAAGAAAAGAAAAAAAAAACAUUGGAUAUUUGACUAUAGUAGAUUCCAGGAGAUUCUUGACACGUAAUUGGCAGGUCCCUCACUGAUUUAAGUUCAUUAUAGCUUUUUUCCCUUCUUUUAUUCACAUUAAAAGGUAUUCCAUCUUUUGGGAGGAUGCAACCUAAGGUUCCCCCUAUAAAAAGCUUACAAUGUUACAGAGACCACAGUAAUCAAUAGAAAAUAGUAUAGAUAUUUUCUCCC